AGGAUCCCUCAAGUGACAACCUUCGACUCAUCACCGCUUCCAACUGAUAAGUUUGGAAACUUCGUAACUGACGAUGGAACCGUUAUCGAGACGGACGACGAAGGCAAACCAUUAGGGCCAGAUGGACAAGUGCUUCCAACGGAUGAAACAGGAAAUUACAUUUAUCCCGUGAUUGGCCCUGAUGGUAUUCCGCUUCCAACGGACACCCACCGACGUCCAAUAUAUCCAGUCGUUGGAAGAGACGGCAGUCCUUUGCCUACAGAUGAAUUUGGCGCUUACAUUGACACCGACGGGCGACCUAUUCCAACCGAUACAAGUGGAAAACCGGUUGGCCAGGAUGGAUCACCUCUUCCCAAAGACGUUUCCGGCAAAUAUACAAUAGAUUCGUUCGAGGAAACUGUCACGAAAGUACCACCAACAGAUGAAAGCGGUAAAGUGAUUUACCCGGUCACCAAGUCUGAUGGCUCACUGCUUCCAACGGAUUCGUCUGGGAACUUUAUUACUCAUGAUGGAACCAUUAUAGAAAAGGACGAAGAAGGCAGACCAUUAGGACCAGAUGGACAUGUGUUGCCAACAGAUAAAAGUGGAAAUUACAUUUAUCCAGCUUUAGGAUCAGACGGACGUCCUCUACCGACAGACAUUUAUAGACGACCUAUUCACCCAGUAUUAAGACCUGACGGAUCUCCUCUUCCUACAGACGAAUCAGGUCGCCCUCUUGGCGAUGACGGGAGAGCCAUUCCAACAGACGCUGCUGGCACUCCACUAGAUAAUCAACGACGCCCGCUGCCAACUGACAAUAGUGGUAAUUUUAUUGCCGUUGGCAUGGAAGAGGACGUUAGCAAAGAGCUACCGACAGACGAGAGUGGAAAUAUUAUCUAUCCUGUGAUGAGACCUGAUGGAUCACCACUUCCUACUGACAUAUCAGGAAACUUCGUCACUGAGGAAGGUAGAAUUAUUGAAAAAGACGACGAAGGCAAACCAUUAGGGCCAGAUGGACAAGUACUGCCUACAGAUGAAAUCGGAAACUAUAUUUAUCCCGUAAUUGGACCUGAUGGUAGCCCGCUUCCAACGGAUAUUCACAAACGCCCUAUCUAUCCAGUUGUUGGGAAAGACGGCCGUCCAUUGCCUACAGAUCUAUCUGGUUCCUAUGUCGAGGCAGAUGGAAAAAUUAUUCCAACCGAUGCGAGUGGGAAGCCGCUCGGAACAGAUGGAUUGCCACUUCCAACAGAGGCUUCCGGAUAUUUUGUAGCAGGUCCGUUUGAGGAGCCUAUCACUAGGGUGCUACCAACUGAUGAGGAUGGUGCCGUGAUCUAUCCUGUUACCAAACCUGAUGGUUCUCUGCUUUCCACCGACACAUCUGGAAACUAUGUUACGGAUGAAGGAACCAUUGUUGAAAAAGACGAGGAAGGGAGACCAAUUGGACCUGACGGACAUGUGUUGCCAACAGAUAAGACAGGAAAUUACAUUUAUCCCGUUCUUGGCCCUGACGGUAGCCCUCUUCCAACGGAUAUUCAUGGACGACCUAUUCACCACGUAUUAGGAUCUAAUGGAUCUCCUCUUCCUACAGACGAAUCAGGCCGUCCCUUUGGCAAGGACGGCGAACCCAUUCCAACAGACGCUUCUGGCAUUCCAUUAGAUAAUCGUGGACAUCCGCUGCCAACGGAUCAUAUCGGUCAUUAUGUCAGCAUUCCUAUAGAGGAUGGCGUUAUUAAAGAGUUGCCGACGGAUGAUAGUGGGCAUAUUAUCUAUCCUGUGGCGAAACCAGAUGGUUCGCCAUUCCCUACUGAUAUAUCGGGAAACUUCGUCACCGAUGAGGGUGCGAUCAUCGAGAAGGACGAAGAAGGUAGACCAUUAGGUCCAGAUGGACGAGUUUUGCACACAGAUGAAGUCGGAAACUAUGUUUAUCCAGCUGUAGGACCAGACGAACGUCCUCUACCAACCGACAUUUACAGACGGCCUAUUCACCCAGCAUUACGACCUGAUGGAUCUCCUCUUCCUACAGACGAAUCGGGCCGUCCUCUCGGGGAUGACGGGAAAGCCAUUCCAACAGACGCUGCUGGCACUCCACUAGAUAAUCAAGGACGCCCGCUGCCAACUGACAAUAGUGGUAAUUUUAUUGCCAUUGGCAGGGAAGAGGGCGUUAGUAAAGAAUUACCGACAGACGUGAGUGGAAAUAUUAUCUAUCCUGUGACGAAACCUGAUGGGUCACCACUUCCUACUGACAUAUCAGGGAACUUCGUCACGGACGAAGGUAGAAUUAUUGAGAAAGACGACGAAGGCAAACCAUUAGGGCCAGAUGGACAAGUACUACCAACGGAUGAAACAGGAAACUACAUUUAUCCUGCUAUUGGAACUGACGGUAGCCCACUUCCAACGGACAUUCACAAACGUCCAAUAUAUCCAGUCGUUGCAAGAGACGGCAGUCCUCUCCCUACAGAUGGAUCUGGCGCGUACAUUAACGCUGACGGGAGACUUAUUCCAACCGAUACAAGUGGAAAGCCGGUGGGCGAGGAUGGAUCACCACUUCCAACUGACGAUUUCGGCAAAUAUGUAGCGGGUCCAUUUGCAGAAACCGUCACUAAAAUGCUGCCAACUGACGAAAGUGGUAACGUGAUCUAUCCUGUUACCAAACCAGAUGGAUCACCACUUCCUACGGAUGCAUCGGGAAACUUUGUGACCGAUGAAGGAAUCAUUGUUGGAAAGGACGAAGAAGGUAGACCACUUGGUCCAGAUGGACAAGUUUUGCCAACAGAUGAAAUCGGUAAUUACAUUUAUCCGGCUGUAGGACCAGACGGACGUCCUCUACCAACCGACAUUUACAGACGGCCUAUUCACCCAGUAUUAGGACCUGAUGGAUCUCCUCUUCCUACAGACAAAUCAGGCCGCCCUCUUGGCGGUGAUGGCGAACCCAUUCCAACAGACCCUGCUGGCACUCCACUAGAUAAUCAACGACGCCCGCUGCCAACUGACAGUCGCGGUUAUUAUGUUUCACGUGGAGAAGGUGUAGAUCGCAGCAGUACUGUCGCUUCGUGGCCUCCGAGUAGUACUAGAGGUAGAUGCUCACCUAAAAAUUUAAAAAUGGACAUCUUGUUCGCCAUUUACACGCGAAAUAUGACGAACUUUGUGUUCGAAAACAUACUGCGUGCAAUAGCCCAGUUCGCCGAUUAUGUUGAUUUAUCCCCUGAUGUAACACGUGUGGGGUUGAUCUAUGGCAGCGAAGAUAUUGUUGUCCCUCUCCCUCUUGGUGGAUACCAGGAAAAAGAACACAUGAGGGAUAAAAUUCGCGGCAUUGUGUUAUCGGAUGUUCGCUCAAUGAGAGAAGUUCCUUUGGAUAGACCUGUGAAACAGCAGUUCUUCAUGUUUCCACGGACUCAUUCAUUGAAAAUCGCAAUCGUUAUUGGUCAGGAAAUAAUGAGGUUCCUUGUAAAGCUCUUGGUUUUUCCGUCAAUUUUAAUAAAAGAACUUCAAACUCGUAAAUAUCAUAAUAGUUACGAGCAGAAAAUAAUAGAGAACUAUUGCCAACACAGUUCACCGUUAUCCACACUUCUCACAGACGCUUCUGGCACUUCUCUGAAACGUCCGCAUGGAGAAUCCGUUGUUCAAGUACUACCAACUGAUGAAAGCGGCAACGUGAUCUACCCUGUAAUCAAGCCUGAUGGUUCUCCACUUCCCACGGACAUAUCUGGAAACUUUGUUACUGACGAAGGAACCAUUGUCGAAAAAGACGAGGAAGGCAGACCAAUUGGACCUGACGGACAUGUGUUGCCAACGGAUGAGACAGGGAACUACAUUUACCCCGUCAUUGGACCUGACGGCAGCCCACUUCCAACCGACAGUCACAAACGCCCAAUCUAUCCAGUUGUUGGAAAAGAUGGCAGCCCGUUACCCACACAUGUAUCCGGUGCCUAUAUUGACGAAGAGGGAAGAAUCAUUCCAACGGAUGCAAGCGGAAAGCCACUUGGAGCGGAUGGAUCCCCGCUUCUUACCGACGCAUCCGGCAAUUUUGUAGCGAGUCCAUAUUCGGAAACUAUUGGUAGGGUGCUACCAACUGAUGAAAGCGGCAACGUGAUCUACCCUGUAACUAAGCCUGAU